AUGUUUCCCCCUCUGUUGCCACCGAGAUCGUUGAGAGGGUUCGCCCCCGGUGCUACGUUGGACCAGUAUAACACCAUCUGUCACUUCGAGGAAUCCGGCUGUCCCUGUAGCCUGUGGAGAGAGGAGAGAGAAUUACAGCCUGUGGAAAGAAAAGAAGAAGGAAAGAAAAGAACCCCAUACUUAUCCAACCACGUUCCAAGCGAAGAGUCGCCAGCUGGGGAAGGAAAAGAGUUGGAGGGAGCAGUAGUGGAGGCCCUACCUGUAUUGUACUCACCACACGCUGUGUCCAGCCGAGUAGAGCGAUUGCCUGUAGGAGAGGAGAGAAAAGACACACCUGUGAGACCAAGGAACGUUGUUGCACGAUCUCCCAACACACGUACAGGAGGACAUCCGGAAAGGAAGAAAGGCAACAUAGAUUCUCACGUCACACAGACGAAGUGGCAGUUGGAAGAGAAGAAUCCGAUGAAAGCGACAAGGAGAGCUGAGGUAAAGGUGGCUGUUGCAAUGGUCCAACAUAAUGUGCCAUUUGCAGUAGCAGAUCAUUUCAGCCCGCUGUUGAAGGAGUGCUUUAAAGAUUCCACCACUGCACAGAAUUUCAAGUGUGCGAGCACCAAAGCAACAUGCAUUAUCAAUGAAGCAGUGGUACCGCAUUUUAGAAAUGAGUUGGUGACAAAGAUGAGGGAAAAUCCUUUUACAUUGAUCACAGAUGGGUCAAAUGAUACAGGACAAGAGAAGAUGAACCCACUCACUGUGCGGAUAUAUGAUAGGGACACUAGCAAAGUUGUCCAUAGGUUUUUGGAUAUGUGCACCACCAGUGGCCGUAACUGUGGCACAGCUGAAGUGAUUUAUCAAAAGAUAAAUGAGGCCUUGCAGAAAAAUGUCAUACCAUGGGGAAACUGUGUAAGUCUGUCUAUUGAUAAUGCACCAGUGAAUACAGGAGCAAAAAAUUCUAUUGCAUCAAGAAUUUUGAAUGAAAAUGGAAACAUUUACAUCCAUGGGUGCCCCUGCCACAUAAUUCACAACACGGCCAAACAUGCUGGGCAGAGGUUUUUGGAAGUAUCUGGAUUUGAUCCAGAGGAUCUGUGUGUGGAUGUUGGAUACUGGUUUAGGGGAAGUACCAACCGUAAAGGAUACCUAUCAGAAUUUUGUGACUUCCAUGGGAAUGAAUAUAUGGAAAUGUUACAACAUGUUUCCAUUCGAUGGUUGAGCCUGGAGAGCUGUGUGACUCGAAUUCUGCGGCAGUAUGAGCCACUCAUCAGCUACUUCAAGUCUUUAAAUGAGAAACAACCAAGGUUCCGAAGGCUGAUGGAUGCAUUUUCCAACCCACUAACGGAAGUGUACCUCCUCUUUUAUCAGGCUACAUUGCCAGCCUUCUCCACCUUGAACCUCCUCCUCCAGAGAGAGAGGUCAUCCAUCUUUCUUCUCCAUGAAGAGAUGACAAAAUUUGUUCGCAAGUUGUGCUCAAGGUUUCUAAAGCCAGUAGCACUACAGUGUCGAGAUUUGCAUGACAUCCACUACAAGGACCCAGCAAACCAACUGCCAGGAGAAAAGCUGAAUGUUGGAUUUACAACUAGGGCUACGCUCAACCGGCUCCUUGAUACAGGAGAUGUAACACCUCAACAUGUGCAGAGGUUCCAAAAGGCAGCACUGGCGUUUCUAGUGAGGGCGGUGGAAUAUGCACUAGAAAAACUACCCCUGAGAGAGGCACUACUCAAGCAUGCCAGAUUUGUGGAUGUCCAGCAGAGGACAGAGUGUGGCCAGUGUUGCCAGAUAGAGUUGAUGGAACCCGCCCAAUCUGGCAACACUGAGUGUGGCAUUGAAGAUGCCUUAUACUUUGUUGACAGGUUUGCUGAAUUGCUUCCAUACCAGGGACCCCAAGAGCAUGAUCAACUUAGUGAGGAGUUCCUCGAAUAUCAAUUGAUGGACAUCACUAUGCCCCAAGACCCAUCCACUUUUGACAUUGAGGGUUUUUGGGGAAAUAUGACAUCAGUAAAGAACAGGAUGCAACAAUAA